AUGUAUGUGCAUCCGGUUAAUUUGGCUGGAGAUCGUUCUGCAUACUACGGCUCAUCUGGAGGUGACCGCCUGACCGAGGCGGAACUCGCAUUCAGACGCGAAAGAGAAUUUGAAGAACGAGAGCGGGAUCGAGAUCGUGAAUACGCCCGUGAAAAGCAAAGAGAAAGAGAAAGAGAUGUUCGUGAACUACACAAAGACAGAGAACCACGCGAGGACGAGGAGACACGAGAAUUUGCUCGUCGUGAGCCGAACGCUAAUAUUAAACGAGCCUUGUCUGGCAGUCCCGACCUCCCCGUCAGUUACGCACAACACGCGCACGCACAGCAACGGUACGAUGACGAUAAAGGGGCGUUGAUGAAAGAACUUAGCCACCCAGCCAAUGGGAGCAGCCGGGUUGUGGGCGGUAGUAUGGGCAACGGUAUAGGCGAGCGAGAUCGAGAUCGAGAUGGAGAGUUGCCUUUGCGCAAUGGUAUUGGUGCAGUUAGUGGGAAUGGCAGUGUACCGGGAGGCCCAAUGGACAGUGCACUUGUGGUGAGCCGGAACGGAGGCGGCGGCGGCGGCGGCGGUACUGCUGUGGAGCUUCCGACCAAGAGCUUGUUUGAGGCCAUUACGCAGAACGAUGUUCGAGAGAUACAACUGAUUAUUGCGAGUGGAGAAGAUAUCGAUGCUAUGCUGCCCGAGGCUGAUACUAUUGCUAUUAUUCUGGCGUCAAAACUCUGCUUUAACGGCAUCAUGGAGCUUCUGAUUGGAGGCCAUGCCAACUUGGACUCACAGGAUCGAAAAGGAUGGACCGCCUUACAUUGGACGGCAGUGAUGAAUAACAUUGAAGGGUUGAGUCUGUUACUGAACGCAGGCGCUAAUAUUCAAGCGCGAACGCAGGCCGGGAAAUCGCCUCUCGAUCUAGCAACCAUAAAGGACCACGAUCACGCCAUAAACUUUCUACAACGGCAUAUGGAUCCGAAUCGACAAGAUCUGGACGGCGACGGUAGAGACCGCGUGGUGCGGUCGUGCAUAGAGUGUGGGAGCACGAAGACACCGCAGUGGAGGCGAGGCCCCGAUGGCAGUGUAUGCUUGUGCAAUGCGUGCGGGUUACGCCACAUCAAGUCGAGCAAGAAGAAAGCUAAAGCAGCACAGAAGCCUGGCGAGCAGACUCAGGGACUCCCUAGCCAGGUACCGACACAGCAAGCACAAGCACAGCAGGCACAGGCGCAACAAGCCCAAGCCCAGGCCCAAGCCCAGCAAGCGCAACAACGGAAUAUGCCCGGAGGUUUGGGUAUGGGGGGGAAUGGGGAUGGGACCUAUGCACGACUCGAGAUCGCCGCAGCCCAGGUAUCCAAUGGGAUCGCCGGGUGCGCCUGGGGGUGGGCGACCGAGGUAUCAGGGGUCGUUUUCGGGCGAUGCAAGGGCAAAUAGCGGACCUCCAGAUCAUCUCGGGUAUAUGGGCCAGGAUUCGCGGGUGAAUGGACACCCCUUGUCAUCGUAUCAUGCACAGCAGUUAGGCCCACAUAACCCUAACCAGCAACAACAACGCGAUCCGUACAGGCAGUAUCAGCAGGGCGGGGGCAGCCAGGGGGGCUAUUAUUAGGCUUGUAGUCCUAUAGUUUAUAUUUCUAGAGCUUGGUAGCACACAUGAAUGGGUUGACACUGACACCACCGCUUGUGCGAGUGGAGGGAGCUGUCUAUUUCGAUUGUUAUGGCUCAAUCAGAGACAGAAUUCGUCUCGGUUUGAAGUUUUAGAUCGCUGAAAAAUCACAGUUGGCCUGCAUGAUAAGAUAUCUAUAUAGCGGAUCCGCACACUGAUGGCAAAUUACAUCAUCACAGCGGAUCUCAAGCCACACUCCUGCGGCCUGGGCGAAUAAGCGGCCCUUCUGAAAGAUCAUAAGUGUACUGUUUCACGACUAUAUGACAAAACACAACACAUCACAAAUCAGUGGAAAACCCCUCUGGAGCGAUACAACAAUUUUGUUGCACGCGCAUUAAUGUUUGCUUAGUUCUGCUGGUAUGGGCAUGAAAGCUCAAGAAGAUGUUCUUUCUCCUCCUCUUUUUAUAAGACCACAAUUAUAGCAAUUAUUCAUUUUUCCGUGGAUCCAAUCACCCAGCAGCCCAAACUACUUGAAGGGGCACCGACCUGCAAUGGAAUUUUCACAACAGCCAUUUAAGAAUAAAUUGGCCUCAAGUCUUGUAUGAAUGGUUUAUCGGUUUUUGUUUUGAAACUGGUUGCUUAUACUGGAGAGAUUUGUUGGUAUUAAUCGUUGGCAUGUGAACAGAGAGCUAAAAAUUAAGUGCCACUUUCAGUUUGUUGUGAAACGUCCGCGAUGGAUUGAUGUAGGGAGUCGCACGUACUUGGAAGACACAUUGCUUUCACGGAUAAAAGGAAAACUAUGAUUUGGAUAUUACCAGAAUCUCGUUAUUCUGUUGCGCAGGCUGUGAAGCACGUUUCCAAGGUGUUAUCUCAUCAAACCUGCUUGUUAUACUAAUUGUUCCGGAUAUGUACAAAACACAUACUAGGCAAAGCAAGUAC